AUUGUAUAUAGGUAAUUUAUUGGAAUCACAAAACUUUGCAUUCCCAGUUUUAAGUCUAGUGUUCUUAGCAAGAAAAAAAACUCUCCAUAAUUCAUAUUUUCCCACCUUUCUAUUGUUGUGAUUUAUUAAAAUAAAUACGUCUAGGAAUUGAGCCAUGAAAGUCACAGUUUUGUUGUUUAAACAAAAGUCUAAUGGUUUACUACUUUAUAAUAUACAUGAUAAAGAAUUUUGGUUGUUUCCAAGAAGAAACAGCGUGCUCCAUUUCAUGUUUCAAUUACCUCUGCCAUCUCCAUGUCUUCCAGACUAAUGAAUGUGUCCAGCAUGGAAACUAUCAAUUUUGUUAGCUACUUUAUCCUCAUGGGCUUUCCCUCAAGCCCAGAAAUGCAACUCCUCUACUUCGGUCUCUUCUCAGUAACCUGUACUCUCACCCUGAUGGGAAAUGCAGCCAUUGUCUGUGCUGUGUGGUGGGACCAGCACCUUCACACUCCCACGUGCACCCUCUUGGGAAAUUUCUCUCUCCUGGAAAUAUGUUAUGUUACUACAACUGUUCCUAAAAUGCUGGCCAACUUCCUCUCCACAAGCAAGUCCAUCUCAUUCAUGAGUUGUUUUGCACAGUUCUACUUCGUCUUCUCUUUGGGGUAUGAUGAGGGCUUCUUCCCUUGCAUCAUGGCCUUUGACAGGUAUCUUGCCAUCUGCCACCCUCUACAUUAUCCAUGCAUCAUGACGAAACAAGUAUGCACUGGCCUCAUCAUCUUUGCAUGGUCAUGUGGUUUUGUAAUCUUCCUAACUUCAGUUAUUCUCAUUUCACAGCUAUCCUACUGUGGCCCAAAUAUUAUCAACCAUUUUGUUUGUGAUCCUGUCCCAUUGAUGAUGCUGUCCUGUUCUGAAGACAUCAUCACUCAGCUCGUUUACUCCACAUUCAAUUCUAUCUUCAUGAUCGGCACCUUUCUCUUUAUCCUUUGUUCCUAUGCUUUGGUGAUUCUGGCUGUAAUAUGGAUGCCCUCAGAGGCUGGCAAACAAAAGGCUUUCUCCACUUGUGCUUCUCAUUUGGCAGUUGUCACCUUGUUGUAUGGCUCCAUCGUGGUGACGUAUGUUAGUCCUGGAUCAGGACACCCAGUAAAAAUGCAAAAAAUCAUUACCUUUUUCUAUUCUGUGAUAACACCUCUCUGCAAUCCUCUAAUAUAUAGUCUCAGGAACAAAGAGAUGAAAAAUUCUCUGAGGAAAAUCUUCAGGACUGGAAAAGAUGUUAAUAAAAUAUAA